AUGACUUCUGAGCGUGAGAACAAGACGUUCCUCGCCCGCCUUUGCGAGCAGGCCGAGCGAUACGAUGAAAUGGUCACGUUCAUGAAGGAAGUUGCCAACAUUGGAGGCGAACUUACUGUUGACGAGCGUAACCUCCUAUCUGUCGCUUAUAAGAACGUCGUCGGUACCCGCCGUGCCUCGUGGCGUAUUAUCUCCUCCAUCGAACAGAAGGAGGAAUCCAAGGGCUCCGAGCAGCACGUCGGCAUCAUCCGCGAUUAUCGCCAGAAGAUCGAGACCGAGCUGGAGAAGGUCUGUCAGGAUGUCCUUGAUGUACUAGACGAGUCUCUUAUCCCCAAGGCCGAGACUGGGGAGUCUAAGGUCUUCUACUACAAGAUGAAGGGCGACUACCACCGCUAUCUGGCUGAAUUCGCCUCCGGCAACAAGCGCAAGGUUGCUGCUACCGCUGCCCACGAGGCUUACAAGAACGCAACGGAUGUUGCUCAGACCGAACUUACACCCACCCACCCUAUCCGCCUGGGACUUGCCCUGAACUUCUCGGUAUUCUACUACGAGAUUCUGAACUCUCCCGACCGUGCCUGCCACCUCGCCAAGCAGGCUUUCGAUGAUGCCAUUGCGGAGCUUGACUCCCUCUCCGAGGAGAGCUACCGUGACAGCACUCUUAUUAUGCAGCUACUGCGUGACAACCUCACUCUAUGGACUUCAUCUGAUGGCAAUGAGGCUGAGAACCAGGCCGCCGCCCCCAAGGAGGAGAAGCCUGAGGAGGAGGCCGCCGCUCCCAAGGAGGAGAAGCCCGAGGAGGAGGCCAAGGCACCAGAGUCGUAA